AUGGCUUUAUGGCGGAUCAGGGAUCGUGGCGGAGAGCCUAUAUCCACAGAGGUGAAGUCGCCCUUACUUUGCGGAAACAUCAUGUACAUUAACUCAGGCCUAGGCAAUGCAGCGGAUGCAGCACAUCUUUUGGGACUUGGAGUCGAAAGACCAGGAGGUACAACAGAUACGUGGGAUUUAGAAUUACGUCGCCGUCGCUUCUGGGCCUGUUAUUUGAUGCACUCUGAAGCACCUGAAUCAUUGGCCGAACCCGAACCUGGGGGCAACAAGUUAAAGCUAACACUGCCGUGGCCCGAAGAAGACUUUGAUACAGGCGUCUCCAGCUGCCACAGCAGCCAAAUCUCAAUGGCAGAGUCUCUGCUAUUCAUGCCCUUGACGAUCGAAUAUCAGACUGGUGGAGCAAACUUCCUCCUGCGUUUCAAUUAA